UCUUAGAUAAGUUUUUAACUGUCUUAUUGUUUCUUAUAUAUAUAUACAUAUAUAUACGACAAAAGACAUGAAAAAAAAAUAAAUAUAAAAUUCUAACAGUCAAGGUCAAUGUAAAUAAGAAUUAUUUUCCAAGCAUUUUGAAUUAAGAGUAAUUACUUCAGUUUGUGAGUAUUAAAUGUGUAAUUAUAUAGCAAGAAAAUAUUGAAGAAAUAAAGUUUAUAAUAAGUCCAAAAUUAUAAUUUUCAAAAAUGAUUGAGAGUAACGAUUUGAUAGAUCCAUUCUGCAUGGAAGAUAAUCCAUUGAAAAUAACUUUUGAGGAUAUUACAUCCGCUGCAUUUAAAACUAAAACAGGAGUAAUUAAUACACCAUGUGUGCAAUCGAGACUUUCAGAAAUGACUGGAAUGGAUCUUUAUUUAAAAAAAGAUUUUUUACAAGUAACAGGAAGUUUUAAGGAACGUGGUGCACGAAAUGCUCUUUUAAAAUUAUCCGAUAGUCAAAAAAAGAAUGGAGUAAUAUCUGCAUCAUUGGGCAAUCAUGCAUUGGCACUUUGCUAUCAUGGUUUAUCACUUGGAAUUCCAGUAACUGUUGUAAUGCCUGUGGUAGCGCCAAUAAUGAAAAUUGCAUCAUGUCAACAAUAUCGUGCCAAUGUAAUAGUAAAAGGCGUCGAUAUGGGUGAAGCAAAAAAAGAAGCACUCAAAUAUGCUAAAGAAAAGGGAUUAAUUUACAUUAAUGGAUACGAUCAUCCAGAUAUAAUGGCAGGUCAAGGAACACUUGGUUUAGAAAUAAUGGAUCAAGUUAAAAAUAUUGAUGCAGUUGUUGUACCAAUAGGUGGAGGUGGUCUUAUUGCUGGAGUUGCAUUGGCUAUAAAAACACUUCUUCCAAAUGUUACCAUAAUUGGUGUGGAAUCAGAAAGAUGUCCUAGCUUUUUUUUGGCACGUCAAAAUGAUAAGCCAACAUUUACGGCUAUUCAAUCAACAUUAGCUGAUGGUUUGGCAGUACCAAUGGUUGGUUAUAAUGCAUUUGCAACAGCUAAUCCUCUAAUUGAUAAACUUGUUGUUGUUAAAGAAGAAUGGAUUGCCAUUGCAAUUUUGAGAUUAGUUGAAAAUGAAAAAUGCAUUGUUGAAGGUGCUGGUGCUACAGGAUUGGCGGCAAUUCUUUCUGGCCAAUUGGAUGAAUUGAGAGGAAAAAGAGUAGUCCUACCACUUUGUGGUGGUAAUAUUGAUACAACAAUACUUGGUAGAUGUUUAGAAAGAGGUCUUGCUGCUGAUGGACGUCUUGUUAAAUUUUCAGCACAAGUCUCCGAUAGACCAGGAGGAAUUGCAGAAUUAUGUACAUUAUUGGCGAGUAUUGGUGUUUCAAUAAAAGAUAUUAUACAUGAACGAGCAUGGAUAAUGUCAGAUAUUUUUAGUGUUGAUGUAAAAGUUGUUUGUGAAACAAGAGACAAAGAACAUGCUCAACAGCUUAAAAUGAUAUUAAACAAAAAUUAUUCAAAAGUUAUUUUUGGAAUAGAUGACAUUGUUCCGUCUCUAUCAUCCAUAGAAUAAAAUAGAUCAAUUUUGAAAUUUUUUAUUAUGGUUCUAAUAAUCGUUUAUUGGGAAAUGAAAUGCGAUUUAAAAUUUUUUGUGAAGCAGUAUUUCUAAUCGUCGAUAAGGUUAAAUUUUAUUGAAAUCAAAAAUGUUUUUACAUUAACUAUUAAUAUUAGAAAUUAAGAAAAACAGUUUUCAAUAUAAGAAUCAAAAAUUGAAAAAAAAUUGAAAAUUCAUAUUUCUAAAAUGAAGAAACGACAACAAGCUUCUAAAUUUUUACAUUUACAUUGUAUCGCAAUUGAUAAUAAAUUAAUAGCUUUUUCUUUUA